GCCCAGCCCAAGACAAUUCGGCUCCCCGUCUUCUCGCAGCGGCUGGCGGUUGUGUUUGCUUGCUACAGGCUGGAAUUAAUCAAGCAUUAAUUUAUUAAAACUGUAUCGCGAAGAAAGGAAGGAUCGCUGCUCCGCCGCCAACUCCUCCGUAGCAUCCUCCACAAAUCGAACCUCAAUGGCGAUCUGAACCAACCUUCCAGAGCCUUCUGGAAGUUCCAUGGAUCGGAUCCUCAAGUCCGCCAGGGAGUCGGGCUCCCUCAACCUCUCCAAUCGCUCCCUCAGGGAGAUACCCAAGGAGGUGUACAACAACUUGGACACAGGCAGCCAGGAUGAGAAAUGGUGGGAGGGAGUGGACCUCCAGAAGCUCAUACUGGCUCACAAUAAUCUUGAAGUGCUAAGAGAAGACCUUAGAAAUUUGUCUUCACUUGUUGUGUUAAAUAUAAGCCACAACAAGAUAUCUUCCCUUCCAGCAGCUAUUGGAGACCUGCCAUUGCUAAAAUCGCUGGAUGCGUCUUUCAAUCAAAUAAACACUCUGCCCGAAGAGAUUGGUCUGGCUACCGCAUUAGUCAAGGUUGAUCUCUCAAAUAAUUUCCUUACUGAGCUUCCAGCUAGCCUUGCCAAAUGUCCGGACUUGUUGGAACUCAAGGCAUCAAACAACACCAUAUCAAGAAUACCAGAUGCACUUGCUGGCUGUUCCAAGUUAAGUAAAUUGGAUCUAGAGGGUAACAAGCUUGUGACUAUUUCUGAAAACAUGUUUGCAUCCUGGACAAUGCUCACGGAGCUAAAUCUUGCCAAAAAUCUGCUUACAACCACCCCGGACAGUAUCGGAGCACUUCCUAAACUUAUUCGCCUGGACAUGCAUCAAAAUAAAAUAACAUCAAUUCCUCCUUCCAUAAAGGGUUGCUCUUCUCUUGCUGAGCUCUAUAUGGGAAAUAACUUAUUGUCUUCAAUACCAGCUGAUAUUGGCACACUAUCAAAAUUAGGAAUACUUGAUCUCCAUUCUAAUCAGCUAAAGGAGUACCCUGUUGGAGCAUGCAACCUCAAACUAUCUGUCCUCGAUCUAUCGAAUAACUCAUUAUCUGGUCUACCAGCUGAACUAGGUAAAAUGACUACCCUCAGAAAGCUUCUGCUUACUGGAAAUCCUAUGAGAACACUUAGGAGUUCAUUGGUUUCUGGACCAACAACUGCAUUACUGAAGUAUCUGCGGAGUCGGCUUUCAUCUGAUGAGGAAGGAUCUGGAAGCACAAGCACCCCGACAAAAGAUGACCAAAUUGCUGCAGCGAGGCGAUUGUCGUUAUCUUCAAAGGAAUUGGACUUGAGCGGUCUUGGUGUGAACAGUGUACCAGCUGCGGCGUGGGAGACAAGCGAUGUGGUCAAAUUGGAUCUUUCUAAAAAUUCAAUAGAAGAUCUGCCAGAUGAGCUGUCAUUAUGUUCAUCACUUCAAUCCUUAGUGUUGUCGAAUAACAAGAUAAAAAGGUUGCCGCACACGGUGAUCUCCUCCCUUACCAAUCUGUCUUCCUUAAAGCUGGACAAUAAUCCCUUGGCAGAGAUAUCAUCCACUGAUCUUGUGUCUCUGUCCAAACUUGAAGUACUUGAUUUAAGUGGCAAUGCUUCAGCACUACCUGAACCUUCUGCAGUUUCUGCGCUAACACAACUGCAGGAGCUCUACCUAAGACGGAUGAAACUCCAUGAAUUUCCUAAUGGUUUGUUGGACUUAAAACAGCUCCGGAUUCUUGACCUGAGUCAGAAUAACCUCACAACUGUACCACAGGGUAUAAAGAAUUUCACUGCUCUGAUUGAGCUUGACCUGUCGGACAACAAUAUAACAGCGCUCCCAGCAGAGCUGGGAUUGCUUGAGCCUAACCUGCAAGUGUUGAAACUUGACGGGAAUCCGCUUAGAAGCAUAAGACGGACUCUGUUGGAGCGAGGAACGAAAGCAAUUCUCAAGUACCUCAAAGAAAAAUUGCCCGCUGAAUAAUGUCUCGAGAACAAAUUGCUGUGGGACUCGGGCAAUAAUAUGUUUAUUGGCCACUGUAUCUUUUAUUUAAGCCUUGCAAUCUUCCGGUGUGAAUUCUGUGGAAUUUGGAUCUUUUGUGAGAAGUGAGCGAGUUGCCUUAUGCGCGUUGUGAUCAGUUGUGUGUGUUUGCAUCCUUCCUUUUGUUUGCAUCAUUGAAGCCAGUGUCUCUGUCCACUCUUUAUGAAUCGGUGGUACAAUGAGACGCAACAGAAGACGAGAGGAGACGUUGCAGAUGAGAUGAGAUGAGUUGGCAGACGUGAGACGGCAUGAUUCUGAAAGGUACACUGCCGAGUCGUGUCUAUUUCAUCAUUGUACAAGUUGAGCACGCCAAUGUUUUUCAUGUGUUGCGCAGUGGAAAGCAUGUGCUUUUCAGGUGUUGUACGUCAACAUUUUGUGGAAUUUUGAACGGCUCCUGGUACAUGUAUUGGAACUGUUAACCUGAUGUUCUUGAAUCCCCUUCUCAUCUUGA